AUGUCUGUCUGCAUCAAUAGCCUGGGGGUAAAGGCCACUGCUGGGCACCUAUGCACUGCAUCUGGGAUAAAAUUGAUUCGGAAUCCCCAGAUAGUCCAACUUGCUAAAAAUGCCGGGUUUGAUUGCCUUUUUAUUGAUUUGGAGCACUCGACACUGUCUAUUGAUGAAGCAAGUCAGUUAUGCUGUGCUGGCCUUCUGGGCGGAAUAACGCCAUUUGUCCGAGUUCCGUAUCAAUGCGGCAAUGGGUUUGUGCAGAAAGUUCUUGACGGCGGUGCGAUGGGCAUUAUAUUCCCACACGUGCAUUCGGCAGGUAGAAUUCUAGAACAUGCAAGGAUGGCCGUGAACACUUCAAAGUAUCCACCCGUGGGCAGUCGGUCGAUGACUGGACAGUUGCCAUUCUUCUCACUGAAGACGACUCCAACGGGUCAAGUUAUCGAUGAGAGCAAUUCAAUCGCUUCGUCAGUUAUUCUCAUGAUCGAAACCAAACAUGCGAUUGACAAAGUCAAUGAAAUUGCUGCGGUGGAAGGAUCUGAUGUACUCCUCGUCGGUUCUAAUGACCUAGCAAUUGACCUUGGUGUACCAAGUGGUUUUCAAUCUCCUAUAUUUCGCUCGGCCUUGGAAAAAAUAAGUCUAGCAUGUCGACAGCACGGCAAAAUCAUGGGAUUGGCUGGCAUAUAUGACAAUUAUCAAAUUCAGAACUGGGCCAUUAACACACUUGGUGUCAGAUUCAUGUUGUGUCAACAGGAUUCGGGUAUCAUUGCUAGUGGGGCAGUUGAGUGUCUCCAGAAACUGCCCAGCGUUGAAAAAAGCCUCGGUGUAUAG